UUAGAUAAGAGGCGCGCGGGGAGUAGGAGCUGUUGACGUCAGACGAGUUUGAUUAUUUUGAACUGGGGGGGUCAAAGAUGGCGGAGGCGGAGAUCAGGCAGAAGCUUCAGAAUCAUUCCGGGCUAAAUCGUAAAGAACAUAAUUUAUUGAGGGUUUUAGACCACAAUAGUUUUAUUAGUGUGGUCUAGGGUCUCCUUUUGUGGCCAAUACAACCUCAAUACGUUUUGGAGUUGACGGUCCUACACAGUGACCAUGUCACUACGUGGUGAUGGUGGAGGAAAACAUUUCCAGACUCAUUGUUCCAGAACACCCCAAAGAGGCUCUGGUGAAAGCAGGCCAUGGGAGAUGUUCUACUUCACCUUCAUGUUCACCAACCCCUUUGUCACCCGUCUUGCUGUGUACAUUAUCAUCAUGAUACACAGCACAGUCUACAAUGUUUAAACCACUGGGUGCAUUAGGUAGUCCUUGGCAGUGACACGUUCAUCUACCACAAAUAGUUGGGCUAAAGAAUGCCUUGAUCAUGCAACGCAAGCCAUUACUGGUCGACCCCUGGGUAGUUAGCUUCUUUGGGGCUUCUCCACAUACUACUACUUUUUUAUUAUUAUUUUUUUUAAACCAAUGAAACCACUAGAUAUGUUUUGGCUAUCCUGACCAAGGAUAAUGACCUUGUGGAGCUCCUGUUGAACAGUUUUAGUGGGAAGAGUCAAGGUGCACAUUUACUCUACAGUGAUUUGGGAAGCUGUGGUAAUUUUUUAUUUUUUUAUGUGGGAUCUAAUCCUGGUUAGUACUUGGACAUCUUUCAGAUUGCUUUCCCUUGAAUGGACUGUUACUCCUGCUGGAUGUGGUUCAUCCUUGGAUAGGCCAGGAAAAUAUUUGAAUUACAAAUGUGCGGGUUUGGCAGAAGACGUGUGUCAUAAGAUGAGCGGAGACGAGGCGGAGGAGCUGCUUGAAGAAGAGGAGGUGGCUGGGCCUGUUCAAAUUGUGGUGGCAGAUGAAGAUGAUCACCAGUUUUCUCUGGAUGAGCAGGCACUGGAGCGCAUCCUGCUGCAGGACCACAUCCGAGAUCUCAACGUAGUGGUGGUGUCUGUUGCUGGGGCCUUCCGCAAGGGAAAGUCCUUCCUGCUGGAUUUCAUGCUCCGAUAUAUGUACGACCAGAAAUCAGCCUCAUGGCUGGGGGGAAGUGAUGAACCAUUGACAGGCUUCACCUGGCGAGGUGGAUGUGAGCGGGAGACCACAGGAAUCCUGGCCUGGAGUGAAGUGUUUGUGGUCAACAAACCGGACGGGUCCCAGGUGGCUGUGCUGCUCAUGGACACACAGGGAGCCUUCGACAGCCAGUCUACCAUUAAAGACUGUGCCACCCUCUUCGCCCUCAGCACCAUGACCAGCUCUGUUCAGGUUUACAAUUUAUCUCAGAAUGUGCAAGAGGAUGAUCUUCAACAUCUGCAGCUUUUCACAGAGUAUGGAAGACUUGCUAUGGAGGAAAUUUACCUAAAACCAUUCCAGUCGCUAAUGUUUCUCAUAAGAGACUGGAGUUACCCGUAUGAACAUGACUAUGGCCUGGAAGGGGGGAAUGCGUUUCUAGAGAAAAGGCUACAGGUGAAGCAGAACCAACACGAGGAGCUUCAGAAUGUCCGGAAACACAUCCACUCUUGUUUUUCUAACAUCAACUGCUUCCUGCUUCCUCACCCUGGCCUCAAAGUGGCCACCAAUCCCCAUUUUGAUGGCAGAUUGAGAGAUAUUGAUCCUGACUUUAAAAAGGAGCUGGAGAAUCUCAUCCCACUGUUGCUGGCUCCAGAGAACUUGGUGGAGAAAGAAAUUGGUGGUUCCAAAGUGACAUGUAGAGAUCUUGUACAGUAUUUCAAAGCCUACAUGAAAAUAUACCAAGGGGAAGAGCUACCACAACCAAAGUCCAUGUUACAGGCAACAGCUGAAGCUAACAAUCUUGCAGCAGUCACAGGAGCAAAGGAUGCUUACAUGAAGAGCAUGGAAAAGGUCUGUGGAGGAGACAAGUCCUACAUCGCACCAGCUGAUUUGGAGCGCCAUCACGAGGAGCUGAAGCAGAGCUCUAUACGGCAGUUCUGCGCCAUCAAGAAGAUGGGAGGCGAGGAGUUCUGCCGCCGCUACCAGGAGCAGCUGGAGGCUGAGCUGGACGAGGCUUAUGCUAACUUCGUCAAGCACAACGACGGAAAGAACAUUUUCUUUGCUGCGCGCACGCCAGCCACACUCUUUGCCCUCAUGUUUGCCAUGUAUGUGGUAUCGCUAGUGACGGGCUUUGUGGGCGUAAACUCUGUGGCUAUGCUGUGUAAUCUGAUCAUGGGCGUGGCUCUGGUGUCUCUGUGCACCUGGGCCUAUGUCAAAUACUCAGGGGAGUUCCGCGAGGUGGGCUGCGUCAUCGACCAGGUGGCAGAAACUCUUUGGGUGCAGAGGACUCCGAGAAAGGUGUUUUGCAAGCUUUUCGAGGUUGUAAGGAACAAAGUGACGCUGCGCACACUCCUGCCCACUCGGCGAAACAGACUGCCCUCAAACAACAAUGUGAAGAAGAAAAACUAGUUGCUACAUUCUUUCAAAAACUCCUUUGUAGGACCUUCUCAGCCCUGACGAGCGAGUGGCCUCGGCCGCACCGGGUUGGGUUUAAGUACAAACUGCUGUGUACUCGGUUCUGUACGUUUAUAGAAUGCAGAAUGGCACUUUCAUCAUCCAGAUGUCCUUCAUUCCAUCAUGCUGACAUUUGUAUCUAAUGGAGGACUGAAGUCGUUGAAUAUUUGUUAAUGCAUCAAAUGCUUCUUAUAUGCUGUUUGUUUGGCCUGUCGGGUGUUGAGUGUGUGUGUGUUGAGUGUGUGUUGAGUGCUCCCUCAGCUACCACUUCACUUCUGACCUUUCUCUAUUCUCUUCAUUCCGUAUUCAUCUCAUCAUUCCCCGUUCUGCAUUCUCUCAUUGUCGGUUUCGUCCUUUUUGUUUCUCUGCUCAGGUGUUGCAGUGAUUCGGUUGAUUUUAGGCUGAACUCCAUGCAAGCUUGCUUAUGUUGCCAAGUUACAGACAAACUGACGCUGCACCAAUCAUAGAGCCAAAGUUUACACCAUUCUUCAUGCACACUCCGUAGUGUGUGAUCGUCUUUGAACGCUUGAGACAUUGGCAUUUAGUGGCUUAGCCACUAGUGGAAGACUGACAUUGGCCUUGUAUUUCUAGAAAGGGUGCCCACUAGAGCCUUGCUAAUGAGGUGGAUAGUUAAACGUGCUGUUCCGCUCUCCCCAGUGAGAAAAUGGCACAUUUUAUACUGUAAUUUACUUUUCCACUGAAUAACACAAGGCACUUAAUGGUUAUUAUUCGUAAUGUGAAAGGAUUCUAAAGGAAUCGGGCGCUAUCUAUAGAUUUUAAUCGCACAUUUCUUUGUUUUUGUCAGUCUUGUUGUUUAAAUAAAUACAACACUGCAUAUUUUAUUCAAGGUGUAUGACAUGUCUUAUGUUCCACAGUAUUAUAAAAAUUGUGAGAUCAAAUCAUAGAGGUAAAGGAUGAACUGUACCAAUGACGGUAGCAAAGUGAAAUUACUGUACACAGUUGCUUCUAUAGGCCCAUGUGCUGUCUACCUGCUGUAUAAUAGAACAUAGAUGCUUUGAUGAUUCCAUCCACAAGAUGACGGUUGACGUGAGCUAUCCUGUACAGUUCGGAUUUUUUAAACUCGUCACAAAUAGGGCAUGUGUAUGGAAAAUAGAUGUAUAACUAAAAUUUUCUAUACCUUUUUUGUAGCUGGAACAGCAUCGGUUUUGUGGUAGACUGAUGCCCCGUUAAUUUAAAGGAAUGCUUUCGUGAUGUGUAAAUGUCAGAAGGAUGUAUUAUAUUUUUUCUUUUAUUUAUAUAUUAAUUAUCUACCUUGAGCAUUAUGAUUCCACUCUUGCUGACCAAGCACUGGAAUGUUUAUAAUCUUUCACUUGUUUUCAGUUUUUAUUUUAUUUUUUUAUUUUUAUUUUUCAAUACAAUAUUAAAAUGAACUGCUGUAUAUCCAAA